GGAUUUCACAUAAAUUUUAUCAUUUAAAAGACAUUCCCAGCGGAAUAAUAAACCUGUGAUAAAUCGCAAUCAAAAUCUCACGACCUCUUUAAAAUACGUGUCAGGUCCAUUAUAAUACCCAAGAGCGAAACCCUUUUAGCCCCUUACAGUGAACGCGGUUCGGAUGGGAUGAGAUCUGCGUGUACGGAUAACUUUCGCUAUGGGCAAAGCCGAAUCUUUUGACUUUACAGACAUGGCGAAGUAUAAUAGCGAUGCAGAGUUAACACCGGGUAGCAGCAGAAAGGGGUGUUUUAUCUCGCUAUAUGUGGGGAUUUUAAUUCUUUUUCUGGUGGUAUGUUUGGUGUUAGGGGUCGGACUUUUGAUCUUUUUCGCCAGAGCUGACCAGAACUGUGGAGAUAAGACCGGAUUUUCCGGAGGAACUACGGCGGAAUUAGUUGAAAAAUGCAAGGAUAUUAUUGAUAAAGGGGAUGCGACUUUAUGUGAAGCAUGCAAAAAAUCUACACCAGCCAUUCCAGUCACGACACCAGCGCCCUCUAAAUUACUGGACGUCCGGCUUCCCACCUCUGCACUUCCGGAACUAUAUACCGUAGAACUCCAGCCCAACAUGUACGAAGGCCCACCGGAACACUUCACUUUUAACGGAUCCGUCCGCAUCCGACUCAAGUGUUACGUAUCUACCAACAACAUCACACUUCAUAUAAAUAAACUUAACUUGACCGAGGAAAUUCGGGUGACGCCUGUUGAGGCCUCUAAUUCUCUACGUUAUAAGAGACACGAGAUAGACACAACACGCCAGUUUUUAAUUGUGUACACAUCAGCCUCGCUUCAAGUAGGUCAAUAUUACGACCUUGACCUUUCUUUUAUUGGCCCCCUGAAGGACGAUCUACAUGGACUUUAUUUAAGCUCUUACAAAAGAAACAACAAAACUGUAUACGCCGCAACAACACAAUUUCAAGCAACAGACCUCAGGAAAGCAUUCCCGUGCUUCGACGAGCCAGCUAUUAAAGCAAAAUUUGAUAUCACUUUAGUACGCAAAGGUCAUUUGACGUCAUUGUCAAACAUGCCAAAAAUAGCUUCUGAAAAUAGAGGCAACGGUUGGAUAGCUGAUCGUUUCAAAACGACGCCCCCUGUUUCCACGUAUUUGUUGGCAUUUAUCGUCAGUGAUUUUAACUUCAAGGAGGAUGUAACGGCUAACAACAUAACUUAUAGGGCCUGGGCCAGACCCGAGGCUAUAAAUCAGACGGAGUAUGCGCUCUCUGUAGGAACUAAGGUUCUCACCUACUUUGAAGACUACUUCGGAAUCCCUUUUCCAUUACCAAAGCAAGAUAUGAUAGCACUUCCGGACUUUGCUGCCGGCGCCAUGGAGAACUGGGGACUGAUUACGUACAGAGAGACCGCCAUGUUGUACGACAAGCACGAGUCAUCAGAAUCCAAUAAACAAAGAGUGGCGGUCGUUGUCUCACACGAACUGGCCCAUCAGUGGUUUGGCAAUCUUGUGACCCCGUCUUGGUGGGAUGAUCUGUGGUUAAAUGAAGGAUUCGCCAGCUUCGUGGAAUACAUGGGAGUAGACUACGUUCAUCCUGACUGGAAAAUGUUUGACCAAAUUGUUGUGGAAGAUGUACAAGAUGUUUUCAACUUUGAUGGACUAGUGACGUCACAUCCGGUUUAUGUACCUGUCUCUCACCCGGAUGAGAUCAAUGAAAUAUUCGAUAGAAUUUCAUAUGGAAAGGGUGCCUCCAUUAUUCGGAUGAUGAGGUUUUUUCUCGGUGAAGGAACAUUUAAAAAUGGUCUUAAGAGGUAUCUGAAGAAAUAUGGAAUACAUAGGCUGCCUUCUCAUGAUGACUUGUGGUAUGCUCGCCAUUUUGAGAAAUUAACCAUUCAGUUUCAGAGAGUUUCAUCAUAUCUACAAAUGGGAUAUAUACCAUUUACUUAUACAACUAAGUCGAAUCUAAACUUUAAUCAAACUGAUAAUAACAUUCACUGGAUGCAUAAGACGGAUCAAGAAGUAAUAUCUUCAAAUAUACAGCAAUCUGAUUGGAUUAUUGGCAAUGUGAUGCAGUAUGGGUAUUAUCGCGUGACUUAUAGCGAAGAGAACUGGAAUAAACUAAUUCAGCAAUUGGACGAGGACCAUAAGGUUAUUCAUCCAAUUAACAGAGCGCAGAUUAUCAAUGAUGCAUGGAAUUUAGCUAAAUCCGGGGACUUGAGCAUGACUAUUGCUCUUAAAACUGUGAACUAUUUAGACAAAGAGACAGAGUUUGUGGCCUGGCAGGCUGCCCUACGUGAAUUGGGUUACGUAGACACAAUGUUAGAAAGGACGUCAUUGUAUGGAGCAUUUUCUAAAUUCAUGAGAGAUAAAGUCAGAGAUAUAUUCAAUCCGUCUUCUUUAAGCGGUUCUAAUUUCACUCAUCUAGAAUCCUAUGUUAAUACACUGAUAGCUGCUGAAGCAUGUAAAUAUGGAUUGCAAAGUUGUGUUGAUGAGGCAUCUAGACUUUUUAAACUCUGGAAACAAACACCACAGAACAAUCAAAUUCGAUCCUCAGUAAGAUUGACUGUUUACUGCUCUGCCAUAAGACAUGGUGGUAUUGAGGACUGGGAUUUUGCCUAUAAUAUGUACCAACAAUCCAACCUAGCUUCAGAGAAAUCAAGACUGAUGGUGGCAUUAUCUUGUUCUAAAGAAGUUUGGAUCUUAAGUAGAUAUCUAAAAUAUUCGUUAACACCAUCAGAAAUACGUAAACAAGAUGCUACUGAUGUCAUCAGCUAUAUAUCAAAGAAUGAAAUUGGACGUGGUCUUGCAUGGGAUUUCGUUCGAGAGCACUGGAAUCAACUUUUGAAAGAGUAUGGGUUGUCUUCAUUUGCGUUUCCACGAUUAAUAUCAGGAGUGACGUCACGUUUUAACAUUAAAUUCGAACUUACACAGUUGGAGUCUUUCCUGAGAGAGAAUCCCGAUAUGGGAUCCGGUACACGGGCCUUCCAGCAGGCCAUAGAGAAAACAAAGAGUAACAUCAAGUGGAUGGACCAAAACUAUGAGAUAGUGAAACAGUGGCUGGUGGAUCAAGGAGUUUUAACCAGAUAGAAGACGGGAGGUUUUGGCGGAUCUAAGAAUAUGCCGGUAUAUUUAUUAAAAAUGAAAAGGUUGAAUAUACCUUGAAUUACAGUUGAUGAACUCUUUAAUUCUACGAAUAUUGGUUAAAACUAUGGGAUUACCAAAUGAAAUACGAAUUGUCAACACAAGUGGUAGACUACUAUAUAAUCAUAAGACUGAAUGCUCAUUUUUAUUUAUAGUAUAUGAAUGAACAUCUCAAAACUAAUGUUCAUUAAAUUAAAUGAUUUAAAGUAGGGUCGUAUCUCAAAUUUAGCAAUACAUAUUGGAGGUAAACUUUAUAAAUUUUUAACUUAUAUUUACGCGGUACAAAUACAUCUUUUAUAUGACAUUUAUGUAUUUUGUUUAAAAUGGUACGUGUGAAAUCAAAUCACAAUGAUUUAAUUUAAUUGGCAGUUUUUUUUUCAAUUUAAAAAGAGGGAUCUUUACAAAACACUCAUUUAAUAUGGUAUGUUAUACAGCAAUA